UUAGAGUUCCAUUUUCAACCAAUUUUAUACACUUACAAUUAUAAGAUAAGACUAGCUUCAACUUUCGUUGUUAUUAACUCGCUUUUAUUGUAAGGUUCACAAGCCGCCUUAUUAUUAUUUGCUGUUAAUGUUGGGAAUAAACUUUAGUCACACAAGUAUAAUAUGCACCCCUUUCUGUGAACAUUUUCACUUCCACUUUCUAUUGCCCCUCUUUCUCUGCUCGGAGAUUUGAUGGACGCAGCAAAUGGAUUGGAAGCUUCAGGUGGAACCCUUGAAGAACAAGUCAAGGCCUUUUUCGAUUCUGCUCCUCCUUUGCUUAAGAGUAAUGAAAUUACUCAAAUGUUGAAUCAAUUCAUUCAACGGAAUUCUUCUCCAUCAGCAAAUGGGGGAACUAGGAGAGUUGUUUGUGUGACUUCGGGUGGUACGACUGCUCCAUUGGAACAACGCUGUGUUCGCUAUGUUGACAAUUUCAGUUCAGGUCACAGAGGGGCUACAUCCACUGAGUAUUUUCUGAAGGCUGGAUAUGCUGUUAUCUUUCUGUACCGGAGGAGAAGUUUCCAGCCAUUUUGUAGAUCCCUUCCUGAUGAUCCCUUACUCGAAUGCUUCGAGCCCACCCGUGAUUUAAACAUUCAAGUUAGUGAGGCUUGUUCUGAAGCAGUGAAGAGGGCUAUCUUGGAUCAUCAUAGUGCAGUGGCAGGUGGUCUCUUGUUGAAACUUCCUUUCAACACCAUAUUUGAGUAUCUUCAGAUGUUACAAAUGAUUGCAAUGUCAAUGAGAUGUAUUGGCCGGCAUGCAAUGUUCUAUCUUGCUGCUGCAGUGUCUGACUAUUAUGUUCCUUGGAAGGACAUGGUAGAGCACAAAAUUCAGUCAGCAGGCCUCUUGGAUGUGAAACUAGUUCAAGUGCCAAAAAUGUUGUCAGUGCUUAGGAAAGACUGGGCUCCUCUGGCUUUCUGCAUAUCUUUCAAGUUAGAGACAGAUUCAAACAUUCUUCUAAAUAAGGCUGAUGCAGCACUUGAAAAGUACAAGAUGCAUGCAGUGGUUGCAAACGAACUCUCAACACGCAAAGAGGAAGUGGUGGUUGUCACAAGUGCUGAGAAGAUUACGGUUCAGCGUGAUAAGAGUCAGUCUGAUAAUGAUUUAGAGAACCCCCUGAUUAAACUUAUUUCAGAGAAACACGGCACUUACAUUGAGGAUUCCAGUACAUGAGUCCAGGGAAUGACUUUGGCUUGAUCUCCUUGGUGCAGUCCCAGGCACAACUCCUCUCGUUACAUCAAUAAUUUAUGGUCAUGAAUAAAAGGGCGAAGAAUUAAACAUUAUGGGUACAAGUUCAAAAAGAAAUGUAGCAGAACUGACAGGUCUAACCAUACCUCGACAGACUUCGGCUAUAUCCAAAAUUUGUGUUGUACUUCUUGUGAUUCUUGUCAUUGCCAAUUGGGCUCCCUCUAUUGUUUUAUUAACCGAUUAUAUCAAAGUUAAGAUGGGCGCUUUGAAACCUUGGGUCCAUUUUUUUGGUUUUAGUGGAAUUGGUGGUUUAAGAUAAACGAUUACCAUUUUGGAACAGGAAAAAAAUGUUAUGUAUACUGAAUAUU